CAAGCAGCAGCAAACAGGGCAGACAAGAUCUUGCCGACAAGGGGAUCAAAGACAUCACCCGACGCAAGGCUCGCUACAAAGUCUUUGUGUUCCGAGAGCAUAAACGUCUUCAGCUCUUUCAAUGACUGAGCGACCAUGGUGAGAUUGUCGCUCCAGACCCGAUCCAAGAUUUUCUGCAGCUCCUCUCGCGCCGACCAUUCUGAGCGCAUCUCCUUGAGCUUGACUCGGACAUUGUCCAGCUCAGGGGGCGUUAGGUCCGCAACCUCAUCGAGAUCCCGUCCGGUUGCCGACAGUGAGGACCAGGCGGAAACGAAUGCAGCACUGGUAGGCCCGACAUGCGGCCCC